AUGAGGGGAAAAAGUGUUCUGAAACUGAACCAAGCAGCGUGGGAGAGGGAGAACAGAGACAGCAAAAGAGCUACUGGGUGGCAUUGCCUCUGCUGCCCCUACCUCCUCAUGCUCCUGGGGAGCUGCACCUUGCUCUGGGUGACACGGACAGACCACAGGCUCCGUACGCCCAUGUGCUACCUGCUCUCCGUGCUGUCCAUGGCAGAGCUGGGCUUGUCCCCCACCACGCUGGCCAUUUUCUGGUUUGAGUCCACCUCCCUGUGUUUCGAGGCAUGCGCUGCGCAGACGCACUUCAUCCACUGCUUCUCUGCCGUCGAGUUGGGGGUCCUGGUGGCCACGGCUUUGGACCUCUGUGCUAUUUGCUCCCCUCUGUCCUACACCUCUGCCCUGACAAGCUCCCUCAUAGUGAAGGCAGGGGUGAUCUUCAUGCAGGGCACCUGCGUGGUGCCCCCUGUUGCUGUCCUGAUUCAGAAGCUCCUUUCCCGUGUCCUGUCUCACUCCUGCCUGCACCAGGACAUGCUGAGGCUGCUCUGUGGGGAUGUCCUGGUCACCAGCUCGUACGGGCUGACUGCGGUGACACUGACCAGGGGCCGGGACUCCCUGACCAUCCUCCUGCCUUACGUGAUGAUCCUCAGGGCCCGCCUGAGCAUCGUCUCCCAGGGAGCACGAGCCAAAGCUUUCAGCACGUGCAUCUCCCACCUCUGCGCUGUCCUGGUCUUCCGCAUCCCGCUCCUCAGCUUGUCCAUCAUCCACAGGUUUGGGGAGAGCCUCCCCCCCCUCACCCUCCUGGCUGAUGUUUACCUCCUGGUGCCUCCUGCCCUGACCCCACUCGUGUGCAGCUGGAAAACCAAGCGAAUCCAUGGGAGGAUCCUUGUGCUGCUCUGCCAGAGGGGGACCCAGCAGUGGAUUUAA